AUGAGUGACUGCUGCAUUAAGGGCUUCCAAUGGGACGGUGAACCCAAAGGCCAUGAGACAAAUCUCGCAGGAAACGCGACCUAUGUGACAGGUUCGAACCGCAACGUCGCGAUCCUGGUAAUCCACGACCUGUUUGGAUGGACGUUCCCCAACAUCCGGCUUUUGGCAGAUUCCUAUGCCGAGGAAGUAGACGCUACAGUCUACGUUCCUGACUUCUUCGGCAGCGAAGUCUUGCCAUCCGAGAUUCUAUCGAAGGGUCCCUCCGAAUGGGGAUCACUGGACCUACCAGCCUUCAUAGCCCGCAACACCAAGGACAUUCGAGAGCCUGAAAUUAUUGCAUUCGCGAAGGCAUUACGCGAGCAGCAUCAGAGCAUUGGGGCAAUCGGAUUUUGCUUUGGCGGUUGGGCAGUCUUUCGUCUGGGUGCCAAAACCACAACAAUCUUGUCGAUUGCAUCUCUACUGCACACCCAUCUUGGCUCACGGAGAAUCCUAGCGCCCGAGAUCGAUCCCGUGUUUACCCCCGAGUUGAAAGAGUUUAGCAACCGGGUGAUUCCCUCGCUGGGUCUGGACUAUGAUUAUCAACACUUCCCCGGUUUAGAGCAUGCCUUUGCCGUGCGAGGGAACCGCACCAACAAGGCUGAAAUGAAAGGUCUAGAGAGGGCGAAGAAUGCGGCUGUGUACUGGUUCAAGCUAUGGCUACACUGA